ACGCGCUCCUUUGGAUGCUGGAUUUCGGGAUUUUGGACUCACUCGCUGACUCUCCUCCACUUCCUCGCUCCGGACUGGGCUGGCCGCACGAGGGCCGGGCGGCGGCAGCGGCGAGGGGGGCUCCCGCGUCGGCGGCCGAGGCUCCGCGGGAUUAAAUUGUCCGCCGGGAGGCGGUGGCUUGGGCCGGCGUGGGCUGCGCGGCGGUGGCGGGGCGCGAAGGUGCUGGAGCAAAGUGCUGGUGGCGGCGCGGGAGGCGGUGGCGGCGGCUACCCAGCGACAACAUGAGCAGGCUCUGAAAGUGUUCCAGCUGAAAUUUCCUAUCAGACACACUCGCUGCGGCGUCGGAGGCAGUGAUUCCAAGCUGCGAGUGCGAGCUGCUAACAGGCCGCAGGAUGGUGCGCGUAGCUAGGCCGCUGCUGCUGCUCCUCGCUGUCUUCCUCCGUGCGGACGCCGAGACACCUCCGAGGUUUACACGAACUCCUGUUGACCAGACAGGUGUCUCUGGUGGAGUUGCCUCUUUCAUUUGCCAAGCUACAGGAGACCCAAGACCGAAAAUUGUCUGGAACAAAAAAGGAAAGAAAGUCAGCAAUCAGAGAUUUGAGGUAAUAGAGUUUGACGAUGGAUCUGGAUCAGUUCUCAGAAUACAACCCUUACGGACUCCACGGGAUGAGGCCAUUUAUGAAUGUGUGGCCUCAAAUAAUGUUGGUGAAAUAAGUGUCUCUACCAGACUCACAGUUUUGCGUGAGGAUCAAAUUCCCAGGGGCUUCCCCACCAUUGACAUGGGCCCACAGUUGAAGGUGGUUGAGCGUACACGCACUGCCACCAUGCUUUGUGCAGCCAGUGGGAAUCCGGAUCCAGAAAUCACUUGGUUUAAAGAUUUCUUACCCGUUGACACAAGCAACAACAAUGGCCGUAUUAAGCAGUUACGAUCAGAAUCUAUUGGUGGUACACCAAUAAGAGGCGCCCUUCAGAUCGAACAGAGUGAAGAAUCUGACCAAGGAAAAUAUGAGUGUGUUGCCACCAACAGCGCGGGCACUCGCUAUUCUGCCCCUGCCAAUUUAUAUGUCAGAGAGCUGCGAGAAGUUCGCCGUGUCCCGCCAAGAUUCUCUAUCCCACCCACUAAUCAUGAAAUCAUGCCAGGUGGAAGUGUUAAUAUCACCUGUGUGGCUGUGGGGUCACCAAUGCCUUAUGUGAAGUGGAUGCUGGGGGCAGAAGAUCUGACACCUGAAGAUGAUAUGCCAAUAGGAAGAAAUGUCCUAGAACUGAAUGAUGUAAGACAGUCAGCAAAUUACACCUGUGUUGCUAUGUCAACGCUGGGUGUCAUUGAAGCAAUAGCACAGAUCACUGUCAAAGCCUUACCCAAACCUCCGGGAACUCCUGUAGUGACUGAGAGCACAGCUACAAGCAUCACCCUGACGUGGGACUCGGGGAACCCUGAGCCUGUCUCUUACUACAUCAUUCAGCAUAAACCUAAAAAUUCUGAGGAACCUUACAAAGAAAUUGAUGGGGUGGCGACCACACGCUACAGUGUCGCUGGACUAAGUCCCUACUCGGAUUAUGAAUUCAGGGUUGUAGCUGUCAAUAACAUUGGGAGGGGACCUCCCAGUGAGCCCGUACUAACACAGACCUCAGAGCAAGCACCAUCCAGUGCCCCACGGGAUGUCCAGGCACGGAUGUUGAGUUCAACCACCAUUUUGGUACAGUGGAAGGAACCUGAAGAGCCAAAUGGACAGAUCCAAGGGUACAGAGUUUAUUAUACAAUGGAUCCCACUCAGCACGUCAACAACUGGAUGAAACAUAAUGUAGCUGACAGCCAAAUCACUACUAUUGGCAACUUAGUGCCCCAGAAAACAUAUUCUGUCAAAGUCCUGGCUUUUACCUCAAUUGGAGAUGGUCCUCUUUCAAGUGACAUACAAGUCAUCACUCAAACAGGAGUACCAGGGCAGCCACUAAACUUCAAAGCAGAACCUGAGUCUGAAACAAGUAUUUUGCUUUCUUGGACACCUCCACGGUCAGACACCAUCGCAAACUAUGAACUGGUCUACAAAGACGGGGAACAUGGAGAGGAGCAACGAAUUACCAUUGAGCCAGGGACAUCUUACAGACUGCAAGGGCUGAAACCAAACAGCUUAUACUACUUCCGUCUAGCUGCACGCUCUCCUCAAGGCUUGGGUGCUUCUACAGCUGAAAUAUCAGCUAGAACCAUGCAGUCAAAGCCGUCAGCUCCUCCUCAAGACAUUAGUUGCACCAGCCCAAGUUCCACUAGUAUUUUGGUAAGUUGGCAACCUCCACCCGUGGAAAAACAGAACGGCAUUAUUACUGAAUACUCCAUCAAGUAUGCCGCAGUGGAUGGAGAAGAUGACAAACCGCACGAGAUUUUGGGAAUUCCUUCGGACACUACCAAAUACCUUUUGGAACAGCUGGAAAAAUGGACUGAGUACAGGAUCACUGUGACAGCCCACACAGAUGUCGGCCCUGGCCCCGAGAGCUUAUCCGUGUUGACUCGAACCGAUGAAGAUGUUCCUAGUGGUCCUCCUCGCAAAGUCGAGGUAGAGGCUGUCAACUCAACAUCUGUUAAAGUCUCAUGGCGCUCACCUGUGCCCAAUAAACAGCAUGGCCAGAUAAGAGGAUACCAGGUGCAUUAUGUGAGGAUGGAAAAUGGUGAGCCCAAGGGCCAGCCCAUGCUGAAAGAUGUCAUGCUGGCUGAUGCACAGUGGGAAUUUGAUGAUACUACUGAACAUGACAUGAUCAUUUCUGGGCUACAGCCUGAAACUUCCUACUCCCUCACCGUCACAGCCUACACCACCAAAGGAGACGGUGCUCGCAGCAAGCCCAAGCUGGUGUCCACCACAGGGGCAGUUCCAGGAAAACCCCGACUCCUGAUUAACCACACUCAGAUGAAUACUGCCCUUAUUCAGUGGCACCCCCCUGUGGACACGUUUGGACCUCUUCAAGGCUACCGUCUAAAAUUUGGCCGGAAGGAUAUGGAGCCGCUCACUACUCUUGAAUUCUCUGAAAAAGAAGAUCAUUUUACAGCUACAGACAUCCACAAAGGAGCAUCAUAUGUCUUCAGGCUCUCAGCCAGAAACAAAGUGGGCUUCGGGGAGGAGAUAGUGAAGGAGAUUUCUGUUCCAGAAGAAGUCCCAGCUGGAUUCCCUCAAAACCUCCACUCAGAAGGCACCACUUCAACUUCUGUCCAGUUAUCUUGGCAGCCACCUGUCCUGGCAGAGAGAAAUGGCAUUAUCACCAAGUAUACCCUUCUGUAUAGGGAUAUCAAUAUCCCUCUUCUUCCAAUGGAGCAGCUUAUUGUUCCAGCUGACACCACUAUGACACUCAGUGGCUUAAAACCAGAUACCACAUACGAUGUAAAAGUACGUGCUCACACAAGCAAAGGGCCCGGGCCAUAUAGUCCCAGUGUCCAGUUCAGGACACUGCCUGUGGAUCAAGCAGUGUUUGCAAAAAAUUUUCAUGUCAAAGCAGUAAUGAAGACUUCAGUCCUACUGUCUUGGGAGAUUCCAGAGAAUUAUAAUUCUGCCAUGCCUUUCAAAAUUCUUUAUGAUGAUGGGAAAAUGGUGGAAGAAGUGGAUGGCCGAGCGACACAGAAGUUAAUUGUCAACCUAAAGCCUGAGAAAUCAUAUUCAUUCGUGCUGACAAAUCGUGGGAACAGUGCUGGUGGGCUGCAGCACAGAGUAACGGCGAAGACGGCGCCCGACGUCCUGCGCACCAAGCCCGCCUUCAUUGGGAAGACCAACCUGGAUGGUAUGAUCACCGUGCAGCUGCCUGAAGUACCUGCAAAUGAGAAUAUAAAAGGUUACUACAUAAUAAUUGUGCCUUUGAAGAAAUCUCGUGGGAAAUUUAUCAAGCCAUGGGAGAGUCCAGAUGAAAUGGAAUUAGAUGAGCUGCUCAAAGAAAUAUCUAGGAAACGCAGAAGUGUCCGUUAUGGGAGAGAAGUUGAACUAAAGCCAUAUAUAGCUGCUCACUUUGAUGUCCUUCCCACUGAGUUCACCCUGGGGGAUGACAAACAGUAUGGUGGAUUUACAAACAAACAACUCCAAAGUGGUCAAGAAUACGUCUUCUUUGUGCUAGCAGUGAUGGAUCAUGCGGAGUCUAAGAUGUAUGCAACCAGUCCCUACUCUGACCCUGUUGUGUCAAUGGACCUGGAUCCCCAGCCCAUCACAGACGAAGAAGAAGGCUUGAUCUGGGUCGUAGGUCCUGUCCUCGCCGUGGUCUUUAUCAUCUGCAUUGUCAUAGCUAUUCUUCUCUAUAAAAGCAGUAAACCUGACAGGAAGAGGGCAGAGUCCGACUCUAGAAAGAGCAGCAUACCUAACAGUAAGGAGGUCCCUUCACACCAUCCAACAGACCCCGUGGAAUUGAGGCGCCUUAAUUUUCAAACACCAGGUUCAGAUGAUUCCGGUUACCCUGGUAACCUUCAUUCUUCAAGUAUGGCUAGUCAUCCUCCAAUACCUAUCUUGGAACUUGCAGAUCACAUUGAAAGGUUGAAAGCAAAUGACAACUUGAAGUUUUCCCAGGAAUAUGAGUCGAUUGACCCUGGCCAGCAGUUCACAUGGGAACAUUCAAACUUGGAAGUAAACAAACCAAAGAAUAGAUAUGCAAAUGUAAUUGCAUAUGAUCAUUCCCGGGUUCUCCUAUCAGCAAUAGAAGGCAUCCCAGGAAGUGACUAUGUGAAUGCCAACUACAUAGAUGGCUACAGGAAACAAAAUGCCUAUAUCGCAACGCAGGGAUCUCUCCCUGAAACAUUUGGGGACUUUUGGAGAAUGAUAUGGGAGCAACGGAGCGCCACAGUUGUUAUGAUGACAAAACUAGAAGAACGAUCCAGGGUGAAGUGUGACCAGUAUUGGCCCAGUAGAGGCACAGAAACCCAUGGGCUGGUCCAAGUGACACUACUUGAUACCGUAGAGCUGGCUACAUAUUGUGUUCGGACAUUUGCACUUUACAAGAAUGGUUCAAGCGAGAAGAGAGAAGUGAGACAAUUCCAGUUCACCGCCUGGCCUGAUCAUGGUGUUCCAGAACACCCGACCCCUUUUCUAGCUUUCUUACGGAGAGUCAAAACCUGUAACCCUCCUGAUGCAGGUCCAAUGGUUGUGCACUGCAGUGCGGGAGUUGGCCGAACUGGUUGUUUCAUUGUAAUAGAUGCCAUGUUAGAAAGAAUAAAGCAUGAAAAAACUGUAGAUAUUUAUGGCCAUGUAACUUUAAUGAGAGCCCAGAGGAAUUACAUGGUUCAAACAGAAGACCAAUACAUCUUUAUCCAUGAUGCACUGUUAGAAGCAGUGACUUGUGGAAAUACCGAAGUGCCAGCUAGAAACUUGUACGCCUACAUUCAGAAGCUGACACAAAUAGAAACAGGAGAGAAUGUCACAGGAAUGGAGCUUGAAUUUAAGCGUCUAGCCAGCUCUAAGGCUCACACCUCAAGAUUCAUCAGUGCCAAUCUUCCAUGUAAUAAAUUCAAAAAUCGCCUUGUUAAUAUUAUGCCAUAUGAAUCCACAAGGGUAUGCCUGCAGCCCAUCCGAGGAGUAGAAGGAUCUGAUUACAUCAAUGCCAGUUUUAUUGAUGGAUACAGACAACAGAAAGCCUACAUCGCUACCCAGGGGCCCUUGGCAGAGACCACCGAAGACUUUUGGCGGAUGCUCUGGGAACACAAUUCCACCAUCGUCGUGAUGCUCACCAAGCUGCGAGAGAUGGGCAGAGAGAAAUGUCACCAAUACUGGCCAGCGGAACGAUCUGCAAGAUACCAGUACUUUGUUGUAGAUCCCAUGGCUGAGUACAACAUGCCACAGUAUAUCCUAAGAGAAUUCAAGGUCACAGAUGCCAGGGAUGGUCAGUCCAGAACAGUGAGGCAGUUUCAGUUCACUGACUGGCCAGAGCAAGGAGUGCCAAAGUCUGGAGAAGGAUUUAUUGACUUCAUCGGCCAAGUCCAUAAAACAAAAGAGCAGUUUGGCCAAGAUGGACCCAUUUCAGUCCAUUGCAGUGCGGGCGUUGGAAGAACUGGAGUCUUCAUAACACUAAGCAUUGUUUUGGAAAGAAUGAGAUAUGAAGGAGUUGUAGAUAUCUUCCAGACUGUCAAAAUGUUAAGAACACAGCGACCAGCCAUGGUACAGACAGAGGAUCAGUAUCAAUUCUGCUAUCGAGCCGCACUUGAGUACCUGGGCAGCUUUGAUCACUAUGCAACGUAGAAACCCCUGACCCAUUUUGGAUUUUUACUACAGGCCCUUCAGUAUCCAUGGAGUCUCUUCUGAGCCAUACAGGGCACUUGAGAAGUCCUUCUUAACUUCUAGGUAACAACCACUUAGUGGGACUAUUACACACAAGACAAACUAAAAACAAACUCUUCUGGGUGGACCAAGAAUUCACAGUUUAAUAAUCUAAUCUCAAAAAUAAUAAAGAGAAUUCUGACUGAUUAGGUAUCCGAAGGAUUUUAUUUACAGAUACCUAAAAGAUUCAAAAUAAAGGGAAGAAGAAAUCACAGCAAAGAACCACCAUCUUGUUCAGGAUUGCUAGGUACGAGGAGAAAUUGCUGUAGCGCUGCAAUUCAGUGCAAGAUGUUUGCUGGUGUGGCUUCUCAUGGUAAAAGGAACUCUGCUUUGACAUUACCCCUUCCCACCAUAUUGCUCAUAAUAACAUUUUAGGGGGAAAAGGGGGGAACAUUUAAAAAAAGAAAGUCUUUGAUUUAAUUUUUUUAGUAUUGUAAAGAUACUGCUGACCUGUGCUUCAUUUUUAACUGUGUAAACUUUUUUUUAACAAAAUGUAUCAUUCGAUAAAGUGAAUUUUAAAGAGGUUACAUAACUCUUCAUUUUUUUAUUUCCAAAUUGUAGGUUUUUUUAAGCUGUAGAACUGUUAUCUGUAAUAAUAUUACUGUAGAAAUAUCAAAUAAUUUGGAAAUUUGCACAUUUUUGUGCAAUACUCUUAAUCUACAGUAUUGGUCUCAUCAGAUAUUAAUUUUUACACUUCUGUUUGGUUUUGGUUGGUAAGAAAGUACCCAUUUUUUUUUCAAAUAAUCAAAGAGAACUUUGUUUUGUUUUUGGAAUCAACAGGGAGGCGCAAAGUAUAAAGUUGCUGCUAACAUAUAUACAUAUAUAUCCAUAUAUUAUAGGGGUGUCUAUGUAUAUACAGACAGUGUGUUCACACAAAAUGAUAGAUAUAGCUAUCAUUCAGUUCUUCCAUGAUUUAGGAUUCUUAAGGUAGAAAAGCUAUUAUAAACAUCUUUUUCACUUUCUUCUUUUAUGACAUUGGUAUUUCUUAAUAUCACAAAAAAAUUAAUUUUUAAGGGAAAUGAGGAAUGCACAUCAGUGAUUGUCAAACCUCACCCCCUAAUUUCCUACCCAAUCUCCCCCGCACCCGUCUAAUCAUAUUCACAAAUACCAUUUUGUUAGCCAGGCUUCCAACAAAGUUCAAUAUUUCUAACACUCUAGUGCAAUAAAAAAUUAUUAAAUAUCUAAGAGGUGUGCAUGUGGGAAAGGUCAGUGCAUAUCCCUUUAGGAGGGGAGAAUGUUGUACUAUAUCAAGUUGUUUAAAAAACAGUGUAUUCAAUCGUAUAUUGUCUAUAGUAUGUGCUAUGAAAUUUGCAUUUAUGAUAUGUAACAGGGGCAAAGCCAAACUCAUGUUGCUCUGUUCAGUCAGAACAUUUUGUGGCAUACAGCAUUCCUGGGAAGUGCUGUACUUUGUUUUCUUUUGGUUUUAGUUUUGCAUUUAGAGUGCCUUAUAAUUGAUGCCUAUUUUACUAGCAUUUCUUUUUAGCUUUUGGUUCGUAUUUCCAUUAGUUGUUCGUAUAUGUUACUCUUCCUAUUAAAGCAUUAUCUGUUUACCACA